UUGGCUCGAAAGGAAAAGGAAGUAGCGCAUGUUCUACACAAGUUUGACCCUUGUGGAUGUAACGUUAGAAUUUAUCAUUACCACAAAUUCAUGCCGUUAUUUUAGUGAAAUGUACCUCUAAAAGCCGCAGCAAUAAUUCAGCAGCAUGAGACUGACAGCGUUGCUUUCUAUGGCAGCAAAAGCUGCAUUUCCACACGAUUAUCGUUAUGGCACAAACAGACCGUGGACGAUCGCAGCCCAGCGGCUCAAUCCACCAGGCAAGAAAAGAAGAAAGGUGCUUGUUGAACCUAUUGCAAAUGAGGACUGGCAUGUCGUGAGAGGAGACACAGUGGAGAUUUUGUCUGGAAAGGACAAAGGAAAGCAAGGCAAAGUUGCUCAGGUGAUCCGACCUCGAAACUGGGUCAUACUCGAGGGCCUGAACACGCAUUACAGGUAUAUUGGCAGAUCUGGAGAUUACCGGGGUACUUACAUCGCCAGUGAAGCCCCUCUGCUGCUGAAGGAUGUUACAUUAGUUGACCCUACUGACAGGAAGCCCACAGAUAUCGAGUGGAGAUACACUGAAGAGGGCGAGCGAGUGCGUGUUUCUGUCAGGACAGGACGGAUAAUUCCCAAACCAGUCUAUCAGAGAAAAGAUGGCAUCAUUCCCCAGCAGUGGAAAGGUGGGGUUUCUGAAAGCUUAAAAACAAUGCAUUUCUUCCUUUAG